UUCCGGGUCAAAACACAUACGGCAUUUAGUGGGUGUCGUUUCCGUAUUCAGUUGUGUACGCUGUCAUCAAAAACUCGAUCUUUUACUUGGAAUUUUACUCACAGAAUCACCGUCGACAUGUCUUCUAAAAACCAGAAGGACAAAGCCAAGAACGUGCAAGAUAAAUAUCAGAUGAUUUUAUCGAAAUUGCUGCGUGAGGAAGACAACAAAUAUUGUGCCGAUUGUGACGCGAAAGGUCCGAGGUGGGCAUCAUGGAAUUUAGGGAUCUUUCUGUGCAUACGAUGCGCCGGUAUUCAUCGCAACCUGGGCGUACAUGUCUCUAGAGUAAAGUCAGUCAACUUGGACACUUGGACAGAAGAACAGAUAGCAAGUGUUGAGAGCGGGGGUAACACCAUCGGCCGAAAAGUCUAUGAGAAGAACCUGCCUGCAGACUUCCGAAGACCAACAGCAGAUUCCAGGAGUUCUCUGGAACAUUUCAUCCGAUCCAAAUAUGACCACAAGAAAUACAUGGAUAAAGAUUAUGUCCGUCCAACCCCUAAGAGGAUACAAGGAUAUGUUGAAGCCGUCGACAAGAAAGAGAAGAAAAGCGCGAGUGCAGCGAGACACAAGCAGCAGACCCUGGUAGCAUUGGCUAAAUCCAGAGAGUCUGUACCCCGGCCCCUACCCGCGGGGCUCCAUGCCUCUCAUGCCACCUCAAUGUCUUCAUCAAUGUCGGUGUCAUCACCCAAUCUGGCGGCUGCCGGCCAGCCACCCACGUCGUUGCCCUCCACACCGGUCAAGACGGUCGCCUCUGCCAACGACUUGUUGGGAUUGUGCACGCCCCCCGCCAACAACGUGAGCGAUCUACUCGGUCUGGACACCCCGACCCCCAUGCCCACGGGCAGUCAACCAGCUACGACUAACGGCACGCCGGACAGCGGCACGGCCGAGCCCUCGCUGUUUGGCGAGGAGGGCACAGGGGCCGGGACAAUAGGCACGAAAACCAAAGAUUCCAUCAUGGCGCUGUUUGCGACGUCGUCAGGACAACAGCAGCAGCAGCCUGCUUACAACGUCCCAGGCGGCGUGUACAUUCCAUCCCAGAAGCAGCAGCAGCAGCCUUUUGUUGCCAACGGUUACCCGGCCAAUUCCGCUGUGCCCGGUUACCAAGUCCCCCAACAGCAAAACGCUGGCAUGGUCGGUUACCAGCAGCAGCAACCGCAGCCCGGCAACAUGCAGGGUUACGGCAUGAUGCCCAACCCGGGCGUGGUGGCACCGCAGCAAGGCAUGAUGGGACCACAGCAAGGCAUGGUGGGACAGCAGCAAGGCAUGAUGGGACAGCAGCAAGGCAUGGUGGGACCGCAGCAAGGCAUGGUGGGACCGCAGCAAGGCAUGGUGGGACAGCAGCAAGGCAUGGUGGGUAAUCCAGGCAUGAUGGGAAUGCCAGGGAUGUACGGAGCCGGGCAGGCAUCGCAACAAUCGGCGUAUCUUCAGCAGCAGCAACAGCAGCAGCAACAGGCAUCACAGCAGCAGCAGCAGCAGUUUCAAAUGAUGCAGCAGCAGAUGACACAGCAGAUCCAGCAACAGAUGAAUUCCAUGCGCGUCGGCGGCGGCGGAGCCGGAGCCAACCCCAACCCCCCUCAAGGACAAGUGCAGCAGCCCAACUGGCAGCAGAGCAACACGGUGAUGCCCCAGCAACAGCCCGUACCAACUGCCAUGGCGGGGGCGGGCGGCAUGGGCGGCGGAUGGGGAGGGGCCGGAUCGGGCCAGACGCUCAGCAACCAGUUAUGGAAAUGAUAAGCUGAUCAGUGGUAAUUUUAUAGCGACAAUAUCGAGUUUAAAAAAAAUCUGGUGGAUUUUGAUGCAAUUUUGCAUCCCUUUAUUUCUUUGUUGGUUGGUAUGGUUAUAUACGAUUCCAUGGGAUUUUAAAAUCACGCAAUUAGGCUCAACAGCUGUAGUAACUUAUUUUGGUCAAUCGCAUUUUGACAUGUAGCACAUCAUUUCAAACCCCUUUUCAGAUUUUAAGGUGUUUUUUGGAGUAGUCUAAAAGCUUGCAUCGGAGUCCACCAGUCAUGCCCAGUUGUACAUUUAUUAUCAAAACCAUGUAUAUAAACACAUAUAUGUAUUAUUGAUGUAUUAUUGUACAGACGUAAAAUGAUGGCCGUA